ACAUACCCAAGAAUCUCCGGUGAUCACGAGCAGAUACUGAUCUCUGAGGUUCUCUAAUAUAAGCGUGCACAACGAUGUCCGUCAGCCCGCAACUACGAGCUGGUCUCCCACCCCCCAAGCUUUGCCAAUUUCCCUCCUUUUUCUGUAUCCCUCACAGAAUCUGGAAUGAUAAUUGUUCUGAACCGCCGGUAGAGGAUGCAUGUGGCGGACAGUCUUCACUCCACGCCUCACGUCUCCGCUCUUGGCAUUCUCCGCUACUUCUGGUUGUCGAUGCUCCGCCCAUGACUGUAUUUCGUGUAAUUUUCCCAAAAUUUACAGGCAAGGAGACUUUUUCGAAGUUGACCAGCUGUCCAUCGCUUUGACCGGACAAUGGGCCACCAUCAACUGCUUAACACCGCCGCUUAGGUUCACCCCGUGAGAAAAGCUGCGGGGAUGCUCC